AUGAAUAUUCUUUCUAUUGAUACUAAUGCAGAGUUGUGUAGUCUCAUGGAUAACAUUCAUCAAACCGAAGAUCUGACACUUGAUGAUCUUACCAAUGCACUUAAAGACCUUCAUAUUCAUCUUACUAACCCGAUGCCAGUCGAAGAAUUUCUUUCUAUUCCUAAUGAAGAUGUUGUCUACAAAGUUUCUAGAGAUGACCAAGUUAUUAAACAGCUUAUAGAAACAUUCAAGCCAGUCAAUUUAAGUCAUGAUGAUUCAGAGGAAGAUGAUAGUGUCGAAAUUUUUCUAAUUAGCAUUAAUGCAGCGAUUACAAGUUUGGAAACUGUGUGUAUGUUUUUGCUUCAACAAUAUGAAGAAGUAGAUGAAUAUGUUAAGAGCAUAAGGAAG